CCCCCUCCACCUUUCCAAACCCCACCCUAACCAAAGAGUCAUGAUUACAAAGCAUGUUUACAAGAGCUGGGAAGAAAGAAGGCAGUUGACCUUGAAUUUGGUACAGUGAAAGUUCCUUUGUGAGUUACAAGAAUUUAAAAUUGUUUGUUCUUCUAAGGUCGCAGCCUGCAGUCUUGAACCUGUGCUUCUAUCAGAACUGCUGUCAGAAUGCCCAAACAGCUGAGCAGUGUAACAUUUUACAAUGGACAGAAAAUGCCCAUUGUAGGGCUGGGUACAUGGCAGUCACCACCUGAAGAAGUUAACGCUGCUCUGGAUGCUGCCUUGGAACGUGGGUACAGACACAUCGACACAGCCUAUAUGUACCAGAAUGAAGCUGCUAUCGGAGAAACUCUCAAGAAGUGGUUUGACUCUGGCAAACUUAAGAGAGAGGACAUCUUCAUUGUCACAAAGCUUCCACCAGAUGGAAAUCGCGCAGAAUCUGUUGAGAAGUACAUAAAAAGGUCACUGGCGUCUCUGCAGCUUGAGUAUGUGGAUUUAUAUUUGAUUCACCUCCCUAUCGGGUUUGAAGAAAAAGGAGAUGAUUUAUGGCCAAAGGAUGAGACUGGUGCGAUGAUUAUUGACAGUUCAACAGACCUUAUCAGUUUGUGGAAGGCCAUGGAGGCACAAGUGGACGCUGGAAGAGCUCGCUCUAUUGGUCUCUCCAACUUCAACUCGAGUCAGAUCGCUCGCAUCGUGAAGGCAGCUAGAAUCAAACCAGCAAACCUGCAAAUAGAGCUUAAUGUAUACUUCCAGCAGAGGGAGUUGGUGGCAUUCUGCCGGGCCCUGGACAUCACCGUGUGUGCUUACGCACCCAUUGGGUCUCCUGGACUGGCCGCUGUCGCCAAACAAAGGGGGCAAGAAUUACCAGAAAGCGCAAAGUUUGAUCUUCUGAAGGAUCCUGUAGUGGUGGAAAUAGCCAAGCGUCAUAACAAGACUCCAGUGCAAGUGCUUUUACGCCACUGCAUGCAGAGGGACAUAGUAGUAAUACCCAAGAGCACUAAUCCUCGUCGAAUAAAGGAGAACUUCGAGGUCUUCGACUUUGAGUUGACAAAAGAGGAGGUGGAAAAAUUGGAUUCGCUGGACAAACGAUUCGCCGGACGCAGAUUUCUGAUGGACACAUAUAAAAGGCUUAAUGAACAUCCAGAAUACCCUUAUGCCGACCCCUACUAGGUCAACGCUCCAGAUUCUGCUCUUGUCAAUGGACAGCUUCAUUUUGGUGGAUGAGUCGGCAGUGCAGACAGAGACAUCGCUCUUUGGUACGAAGGUUCGUCAUGAAUACCAAACCCUACCAUUCGCUAUAACCUGGAAACAUUUCUGUUCACCUUCAGUACUCCAAGCAAACUCUCCUUUUAAGUCUAUUAAUUUUAUCCUUCCAUAUCCGCGGCCUUGCAAGUGAAAUUGUACCAAGGGGUUUCCCCACCAAAAUUACUGUAUGCACUUCAUGUGUCCUCCAAGUAGUCACAUGCCCACUUCAUUAUUAGUAAUGCUUUUUGAUGUAUUUUUUAUGUGCGUAUUCUCCUGGAAUUGUAAUGUAAAUUAGAAAAAAAUAAAUUACAUUUCUUCCUGCUAAA